CUGGCCUGAGAAAUCGCCCAGCAAGAAAGUGCGUGCGAUUUGUCGCCCGUUUCUUUCCGCCAGUUUCUUUCUCGCGCAUGCUGAGCUUUUGGUUGACCCGAGCGCGUGAAUGAGCCCUGACACUGGUGGGCCCGGGUCGAAGAAGACGCGAGGCGCUCACGACGGCGGCAUGGCUGCGUUCGACGGGCACUGCUGCUCCCGCUACCGCUGCAAGUGACGGCACGGCGCAACUGGCCGGCGGCCCCGUCGACUUCGCCGCCGCUGUUGGUGGGAAUAACGCUCCGGAAACGCGGAAGUUUUGGCUGCGAAAGCGGUCGAACCCGCCGCGCAACGGGUUGAAAAUGGUGCUCGUCUUUGUGCUCCUUUCUGCAAUUGCACAUCUAACAAACGCAAAUAUGCCGCCUAAGUUUACCAAAACUAUUGACCUUGCUGUGAUAUCCGAGAACACGCCAGUUGGCACAUCUGUAUUUCGUCUAGAAGGUUCGGAUCCCGAAAAUUCCCCAGUUUACUACGGACUCGAGGGAACUGACCUUCUUUCAGUUGAUCGUGCCACGGGCGACGUCACUGUGAUAAACAACAUCGAUCGGGAGGUAACGGACACAUUGAAGUUCGUGGUGACCCUAGAAGACAUCGUUGGAGGACUUGAUCAAAAUAACAUCGUUAAGGUGCCAGUCAGCGUGAUUAUAUUGGACGUCAACGACAACGUCCCAACAUUUGAAAACGUCCCGUACGAUGUCAGGAUCGCGGAGGACACACCAAUAGGACACACGGUGUUGAACAAUAUCAGAGUGACUGACUUAGAUUCUUCAGGGAACGUGCUUCAGGUCCAGUGUUUCCCCAACGCCAAUGUCCCGGAAGCGUGCAGCACGUUCGCCGUCGUGGUUACAAAGUCUAGUCCCCAAGAACUGAACGCAUCGUUAGUACUGCGAAAGCCUUUGGAUCACGCUUUCCGCCCAGUGUACGAAGUCCACCUUGUCGCAGACGAUGGUUCUUUCAAUACCACUACAACGGCUAUUGUGAAAGUGACAGAUGUUCAAAAUCGACCACCAGUUUUUCUCGGAUCUUUUUCCGCCAUCGUCAGUGAAGACGUCCCUGUAGGAACUUACGUGAUGACAGCCAAAGCAAUCGACGGGGACCGAGGAGUUCCCAGAAACAUUCGCUACUCUCUCGUUUCAAACCCGGAAAACUUCUUUGCAAUAAACAGAAAUACGGGAGUUAUAACAACUGCAAACUUGCUGGACAAGGAGAAAUUGAGCUCCUCAAACGGCGUGGUCACUGUCAAAGUCAAAGCUUCGGAGCUGGAAGGCGACCGGCCGCUGGACGAACCGGGAGCGUCGACGACCACCGCGUUGGCCAUCACGGUGAAGGACGUGAACGACGAGGCGCCCACGUUCAGCCGGCCGAGCUACAGCGUCAGUGUGAACGAGAACAUACCUCCCGGGAGCCCACUGCCGAACCUUGACAUGUUCGUCCAAGACACCGACACUGGUUCCAACUCUGUUUUUAAUAUCAACCUCAUGGAUUCUUCUGGAAUGUUUGCCGUGGAGCCCACCAUCGCCACCGGUUCAACGUCUGUAAGCAUCCGGAUUGUGAAAGGACCCCUGGACUACGAGAAUCCAAACCAACGAAAGUUUAUCUUGCUUGUGGUGGCGGAAGAAGCGUUCACAAAUCCAAAGUUGUCCAGCACGGCUACCGUUACGGUGAAUGUGCUCGAUAUCAAUGACAAUGCUCCCGUGUUUGAAGAAGAUAGCUACACGGCUUCGAUCAUCGAAGACGCGUCACCUGGUAGCGUGGUAACGACCAUAGUGGCUACCGACAGAGACACGAGCCCCCAUGGAGAGUCUGGUCUAAUGUACUCACUUCUCGGAAACGGUGCAGACAAAUUCCACGUGGACCCCAGCUCGGGCGUGGUGACGGUGGCGCCGUGCGAGACACCCGGCCGUGGUAACUGCCUGGACUUCGAGUCGCGGCCCUCGUACUUCCUCUCGUACCAAGCGACGGACGACCGGGGCCGGGGACAGAGCGCCGUGGUGCCACUCACGGUACGGCUCACGGACGCCAACGACAACCCGCCGGCCUUCGAGCAGCACCUGUACACGGCGCUCAUCGACGAGGGAGACGUGCGCUUCGACCCACCGCUCAGGGUCCAGGCCCGAGACCCUGAUGUGACGUCGUUCGUGAAGUACAGCAUUGUGUCCGGGAACAGCUACAAUCUGUUUACCAUCAACCCGCAGACGGGUGACAUUGCAGUUACCAGUCGUCAAGGGCUGGAUGUUUCUCUCCUCAAGUCUGACGUGAUUACACUGACCGUACAAGCUUCAGACGGUGGUUCGGGUAUUGACACUGCUAUAGUAAAGAUCACCGUCAGGGAUGCCAACAACAACAUUCCCGUCUUUCAGAAAGAGCACUAUAUUGCUUCAGUUCCGGAGGCUUCUCCGCCAGGCACCCUGGUGGAACAGGUGUCUGCGACAGACGCCGACACGGGGGCGAACGCCCACGUCACUUACCGCAUCCUCAAGGGAGCCUUCGAUGACUUCGCCAUAGACGCCAACACUGGAGUCGUCUCACUGUCAGCAACAAGUCGCUUAGACUAUGACAGGCGAAGCAGCUACGUUAUGGAGAUUAUUGGGAUCGACGGUGGCGUUCCGGAAAAGACAGGAACGACUACGCUCAGCGUUAACAUUCUGAACAGCAACGACAAGAUGCCAUACUUUCAGCCAACGACGCAAAGGGCGCAAGUGUCUGAAGGGGCGCCAGUUGGUUACAGAUUCUACAAACUUGUUGCCAAAGAUCCGGAUGCCAGUUCCCCGGAAUUCUUGAAGUACGGCAUUGCGGAACCUGUAACGGCUAUUGCAAAAGACGGCAGAAAUGUGAAUGAGUCGGUUCAAGCGUACAAGGCUUUUUUCGAUGUGGAUGAGGACACUGGAGAAGUGAAAGUGGCGUCUCAGAUCAACCGCGAAGCUGCGGCCGUCGUUAUGCUAACAACCGUGGUGACCGACGUCAGCGCAGUGCCACGUCAGACUGGCUUAGGGACCCUUGUGAUAACCAUAGUGGACCUCAAUGAUUUUCCACCGACGUUCCCGCCGCCUUGGAGCCCCGACCAUCCGGAGCUCCACAUAAGCGUCAUGGAGGAGCAGCCCAUAGGAAGUGUCGUCGCAUCUUUCGUUGCCACUGACCCAGACUCGAACAUUGCCAGUUACGCGAUAGAACCUGAAAAUCCCUUCUUCGCCAUUGACAAGCUUUCCGGUGUGGUCACAAUACACAAGAGAGUCGAUUACGAACAAGUGCAAGAAUUGAAGUUUUCCGUUGUGGUGCGAGACACCGGCAUUCCUCAGCUAUCAGCGGUCGCGUUGGUUACGGCAACUGUUACAAACAUAAACGACAACGACCCCACGUUUUCUCAGAAAGCCUACAAGGCUUCAGUCCAGGAAAACGCUCCUCAAGGUACAUUUGUGACAAGAGUUGAAGCGAAGGACAUCGACGCUGGAGAAUUCGGAAUCAUUUCCUACUCUCUGCUUGGUGAAAAAAGCGGGGACUUCCACGUCAAUAAGCAGGGAGAUAUACGUGUGGCGGGGAUGGCCAACUUAGAUAGAGAAAUCACUUCCGCGAUCACCCUGCAAGUAGUAGCCACUGACAUGGGACACGACAUAACAACAAGGAGAUCUGUCUCCGUGCCGGUGUACAUCACUCUCCUCGACGACAAUGACAGUCCUCCUGUUUUCACAAAGAAGACCUACGAAGCUUCGUUCGUCGCUAACAGCCCGCUGGAGUCUGCACAAAGCAUUGUCCAAGUGUCAGCAACGGAUGCGGAUGAAGGAAUCAACGCCGAAAUUCGAUAUUCUAUCGUUGCUGGGAACGAAAACGGCGUCCUCGCUGUCAACCCGAAGACCGGCAUCGUGUACCCCGUGAAGAAGCUCGAGAGCAGCCGCAAGGAGUACCGCAUCGGACUCGAGGCGCGCGACGGCGCAGGCAAUGGGCCCAACACGGACAACUGUAUAGUACUCAUCAGGCUAAUCGAAAUCAACCUGGACAAGCCGCAUUUCGUGACGCCGUCACUUCCCAACGCCACGGUCGAGGUCUUAGAGAAUCAGACCCACUCUAACCAGAUCAUAAUGACUGUGGAAGCCAGGGACAAGGACCAGGGCGACAACGGCCGAAUUUCCUACUAUUUUAAAGUAGGAGACAGGAACGUCGCCGAAAUGGACGAGUUUCGCAUCGACGAAGUCACCGGAGAAAUUCAGGCGAAAGUCGUCCUCGACAGGGAGCUAAGGCCGCGCUACGAGUUGGUGCUUGUCGCCAAAGACCACGGCACACCUGCCCCAUUUGAAACGCUGCGUUUCCUAACCGUUGUCUUGAAGGAUAUUGACGACAAUGCACCUCUGUUCCCUCGCAACCGGUCUACGACACCUUACGUAUUUCACAUCAAGGAGAACUUAAACCGCGGUUUCCCCGUUGGAAGGGUAACAGCUAUUGACCAAGACGUCGGCGAGAAUGCUAUGGUCUACUAUUACAUUAUCGAUGGCAAUUGGGACAUGCAGUUCACGAUCGACAAGAUGCAGGGAAUCAUCUACUCAAAUGCUUCAUUUGAUCGAGAAUCGAAAGACCUGUUCGAAUUGGUGGUGAAAGCUUCCAGCAACCCCGAUUACCUAGUAUACGCGAGGCAAGCCGAUGGCCUCCCGCCGAGCAUCCGCAGCUACAGCGAGUCGGACAGAACGGUGGCCCUCGUCAAUGUUCACGUUGACGACGUGAACGAUAACGCGCCCGUUUUUAUAAACGCCCCGUACUACGCAGGGCUGCGCUUCACCGCCGUGGAAGGGGACACAGUAUUCACCGUGCGGGCCCGGGACCCAGACGAAGAGCCAUCGGAUGGCGCGGCCAUCGCAUAUCGCAUCGAGCACGUGACGCUUUUCCUGCCAGGCUCGACGGGAGGCAUCCGGCCCAUACCAGCAUCGUUCAACGUAUCGGCUGACGGUCGUGUGUGCGCUACACACCCCAUGGCCCAGUACAGCCAGGCGCGCUUCACCGUCGCCCUCGAGGCCAAGGAGACGGCGCCACCGCACCGUGCUGCCCGUACCACGCUAAAGGUCUGGAUCUACGAGCCCGAACAACUAGUGCGAGUAAUAAUCGCCCAGCCUCCGGAAGAAGUGUACAGGGACCAAAGAAGUGUCGUAGCUGUCCUUUCGAACGCCACUGGAGGAACUGUGGUGAUUGACAAGCUGAAAUACCACGUGAAUGACAAGGGAAAGCUCGUGAAGUCUUGGACUGACUUGCACAUUCACGUUCUUGACAAAAACGACCGUGUUAUUCACACACCAGAAGUUCUAGACGCAGUUGACUCCAACAUCAAGCUCGUCCGGUUCCAAAACCCAGAGUUGCAAAUUCACAACGUUCUUCCAGCCCGAGUUGGCAUCAGCAAACAAGAGUUCGAUUUGGCCUUGGCUGUGUUGAUCGCGAUGCUGGUGGUGAUAUUUGUCGGCGUCGUGACCAUGAUGGUCUGUUGUACCUGCUUGAAGUCGUGGUAUGCCUAUAAAGCCAAGGAAGCUUUGGUGCGGCACGACGAAAGUCCCCCGGUGACCACUACAGAGAACCCACUGUGGACAGAACAGAAGCUCAAGAUCUACGAAGAACAGGAGCUGAGCAUGAGCGUGGCGCCUGACAACUUGGUGACCACGGAGGCGGACAUCGCCGCCUUCAGCUUCAACGACGACACGAGCAGCGCCGUGUAUGCAACGCUGCGGCGCAACAGCGUCAGUCACGUGGGCGCCGAGUCGCGCAACGGCUACUCGACCCUGGCGAGCCACCGGCCCACGGCCUCGUCGCGCAGGCAGCGCGAGCCGGACGCCGCAGACAACCACGAGUACCAUGAGCUGCACUCAAGCGACGCCCGUCCCACCGGGGACAGCACUCCGUUCAGCACGUUCAGGCCCACGGGGAAGAACACACCGACCACAGAAGGGAGGCUCUUCCAAGAAGCGAGUUCCUCUCAUAAAAGCAACGAACCUGUUCUAGUGGCCGAGCUCUUAUAGGACGAUAUAUUCAUUCUUAAGGCUGGCGAUGACGCCGUCACCCCUCCGGUAGCAACGCUUCGCUGACGAAAUCCAGCAGCCGCAACUGCUUCAUCUUUUCUUUGUGUGUGGAUCUGCGUGUGAGAGUGUGUGUGUGCUCGCGCUUGCAAGUGUUCGUUGUUAUCAGCCCGGUGUGAAUAAUUCCGGUGCUUCGUGCGCGGUCACAAGCGUGACAUCUUGGCGCGAAGAGCGGGCGGAACGUUCGUCCGCGUCCUCGUACUGCGACGUUCAUCGUCUUUUGGCCAAAUGAAGUUUAGAGGAAAAACGAGAGGACUUACAGAGGCGUCGUCGCAUCGCUCGAUGUUGAGCAAUUUUUCACUGUGUGUGCCAGUUGGGAGGCCUACUUCGGAGCUCACCUGUUUUCUUCCACAUAAGACCUCGCAAAGGACGCUCACAAGAUGUCGUCGGGUGCUUUUGAUGGCAGCCUUCCCUGGUCACUGCUUCAUGAAUAAGCGUUUUCUCCUAUAAUAUCAGAUAGCGUGCCAUGCUCGCAGUUGUGUUCAUCAAGCAUCAAGGCCAAAAUAUCAAUGAACAAGGAGUGUGCGAAACAACGGAUACGGUGAAUCUCUCUAAAAAACGAAAUCGCGCUUCUCCUACAGGUAUUUCCUGGCCACGGUACACUGACACUACAUGCGUAACGCCCGCGUUCGCUUUUCAUCCUUCUGCUGACUUUAUUGUAACGAGAAUCUACUGUAUCGCCAGAACACAGAUAUAUAUGAUCAGUUUUUUUAUAUUAUGAUUUAAUAGAGAUUUACGCUGAACGGCCAAGGUCAUUAGUCAAAUCGCAAUCUUGGCAAUAAUACUUAUUGGGACAGGCGUACAUCAUGCGCAAGGAUGUCAUCGGCGAAAACUUAUGACGGUGUGGCUAAUCAGCUAAAGAACAUUUUUGGGCAUCUCAUUAGCUAUUUUAAAACAUAUACUUGCAUUGCUUAUUUAAAAUUUGCAAUAAACCAUUCUGUAAAUUUAUUACAAUGCGCUUCGAUAUAUCGCUAAUGUUUGCAUUGGCAUCGCCUAAUCACGCACCAAAGGCGCAACACGCUUGCUGCUAGCCAUAGGUGCUUCACUAUUUUACGCGCGAUUUAGCCUCACUUUUUCAAUUUUAGUCUAACUUUACCAUGAUGAUGUACCCAGCGCAAGAAGGGGCACAGAACACAAGAAAGGGGACAAGGACAAGUCCUUGUCGUCUUUCAUGUGUUCUGUGUCCCCCCUUGCGCUGGUUACGUCAUGGAAUACCAACUAACCCGCUCUCACACCUUGCUUCAGUCUAACUUUACGCCUCCUUGACAUACGCCUGCCCGCACAGAGUAGCUGCAAAGAUGAAAUUAGCAGAAGGACCACCCCUUUUUGUAAAUAAGUAUACAGCGACUAAAAGGUCCCACGGUAUAUCCAAACGCACACACGUACACUCACGCAGGCUGAUGUGCCAUGUUAUGGGCAUGUUAGUGCGUGUAACACACAUUUACACAUACCAAGGUUCUACAUGCGCAGGCACGAAGAUAUACGAAGAAAAUAAGUGUGCUCUGAUAUCUGCAAUUUUCUUUCUAUCCCGGUCCGCUGUUCGUUGUUUUCCUAUCAACGCGCAUAAAACAUGCGUUACCAACAGAAGCCACGACCCAACAAUAAAUUCCAGGUUGCAUGCAUUCCGCGUCGUGCAUCAGCUUAUUUAUUUGUGUAUUGUGCCAAUAAAAACGUAGAUAAAAAUUG